UCCAUUAUUAGCUGAGGGCAGGAUAGGCUUCCCUGAAGAGAGAGGUUUUCAGAGAUCGCCUAAAAGUGAGCAGAGUAGGCGAUAAUCAGAUAGAUUGGGGUAGAGAGCUCCAGAGGAUGGGGGAGGCUCUGAAGAAGACCUGGAGACGAGCAUGGGAGGAGGAAACAAGGGAGCUAGAGAACAGGAGGUCCGGAGAGGAUGGUUUGGGGGAUAUUUGGAGACAAGAUUGGUGAUGUAAUUUGGGGCGGCGUUAUAAAUGGCUUUAUAUGUGAUUGUUAAUGUUUUGAAUUUCAUUGAAUUGAAUUUCGUGGGCAAUGGGAAGCCAGUGGAGGGAUUGGCAGAGAGGGGGGUGGAGGACACUGAGUGGAGGUCAGUGGAGGGAUUGGUAGAGAGGGGUGGAGGACACGGAAUGGAGGCCAGUGGAGGGAUUGGCAGAGAGCGGUGGAGAACACUGAGCGGAGGCCAGUGGAGGGAUUGGCAGAGAGGGGUGGAGGACACUGGGCGGAGGCCAAUGGAGGGAUUGGCAGAGAGGGGUGGAGGACACUGGGCGGAGGCCAAUGGAGGGAUUGGCAGAGAGGGGUGGAGGACACUGGGCGGAGGCCAAUGG